GAGCUUGUUCAACUCAUAACGUGAAUGUGCAGCACCCCCCAUCAUUCCCAUCAGAAGUGCUGCUGCCUCUGCUGGGGUCCUGUAACUCUCUCCUCCUCCUCCCAUCUCCUACUUUUUGAUGGGGGGGUGCAGCGGUGAAGUCACAGUGAUGUCAUUUUAGGAUGUGAGAGUCGGGGGGCAAGGUGAGCUGGUUUUGCGGUGAGUGGUGUCCCUCCACGGCCAGCAUUGCCUGUACAGAGGCGCGGAGCGGCGAAAGAUGAUCAUCGCCACCGGCACCACUUCAACCUCAGACGCGCUCUGUCCCUCUCCUCCUGCUCAGAUCUCCGGCUAUGGGGCCUUGAUCUGUCUUCCCAGAAUAAGCCUUUACCACCAUGCCAAAGGACAAAAAAUAAGAAGAGUUGCAUUUUUAGGGCAGGUAACGUUGACCACGUGCCCCAAAGGUAAAGUGGAUGGCCAUUGCGCAAAGGUGCCUCUACAGUAUGUCCAGCGGGGCCAGGACGCACUGGACGCUGCCAGCAGUUCUUGUACUGUGGACUUCUCUGUUGGGGAUCGUUUCAUCUUAUCCGAUUCCGAGUAGGACUAAUACGACUUUAUUGGAAAAGAAAUGGGAGACCCUCUUCUCCCGCUCCUAUCUCGGUAUAGCUGGGGGAAAAUCGGAGCUGAACUGGGAGAGUGACUAUUUGCAGGGCAUCAAAAGAGUGCGGCGACUGUACUGCAACGUGGGCAUUGGGUUUCACCUGCAGGUGCUCCCGGAUGGCAGGAUAAGUGGUGUACACAAUGAGAACCAAUACAGUCUAAUAGAAAUCUCCGCUGUGGACCGAGGAGUGAUCAGCUUGUUCGGAGUCAGAAGUGAGCUGUUUGUCGCAAUGAACAGUAGAGGAAGGUUAUACGGAACGAGACACUUUCGGGAUGAGUGCAAGUUCAAGGAGACUUUGCUGCCCAACAACUACAACGCCUAUGAGUCUUUUGUUUACAAGGGCUUCUACAUCGCCCUCAGCAAGCAUGGGCGCGUAAAAAGAGGCAACAAGGCCACCACCGCCAUGACUGUCACACAUUUCCUCCCACGACUAUGAGUGAAACUGGCAAUAACUCAGUAAUUUGCACAUGUGGAUGUACUUCCAGGUAACACAGAAUUGCAUAUUCAUGAUGUACACACCAAUGGACUGUGGGAAAAAUAUUUAUUCUGUUUAUAUAUAUGUAUAUUUGGUUAGUUGUCUUUAUAUAUGUAUGCCAUACUGUGCUGCUUAUUGUUUUUAUGGUUAUGGAUGGGGAGAGCUAAAGCCUUUGCCUGUCUCACUUUACCUUGGUGCUUGCUGUAACUGAACUAUGUGUCACUUCCUUUUUUGAGAUGGAGGAUGAGCUAUAUUCUGUGCUUUUAAAGAGUGAAAUGAAUACUUUUUAUUACCUCAAAGAACCACUUUACUAGAUUAAGGGAUGCAUGGACUGCUCAAAUAUCUGCUAAGUUUAUAAUUUUCUUUGGAACCUUUGAGCGCUUGAUAGUCCUCUGCUUGUUUAUUGGUGACAGGCAGUAGGGAAAACAGACUACUUAAAUGCACUACCUUUGCUGCACGAUUUAAAGGUGCCUUGGUGUUCCCACUUGUGGCCCCCUUAAACUUGCAUGUAAGAGACACCCACUGGAGUCAGAAAUAGGGCUGUCACUCUGGAGAGGGCCUCAGAAGGGGGGUUGACUAUCUCUGGUUUAUUUUCUUUUCUGUAAUUAGAUCGAUUAAGUAAUAUACAAUCUGUGGUCGAGACCAGAGAGCAGUCAGCCAUAGAUGUGAGGGAGAUACUGGCGUGAGGCCAGGAGUUUGACUGUGUGGCAUCGCCAGCAAAUAAACAGGGUGGGAUGAUUUUCGCAUGGAGUGAAAACUCUUGAAUUUUUUUGUUUGGACCUGGCUUGCCUCUGCACAAGACUCAAGUGAGCAGAUAGAGUGCACAGUAGAAAUGUAUCUGCACAUUGUCUUGGACAGUGCCCCUGAAGUAUUUGGCUUUGGGUUUCUGUUGUUGAAUUGCAAAUAUUACAGAGAUGUAGUGUGCCAGCAGCUGCUGUUGAAAAUGAUGUCUACUGUUCAUGAAACCAAUGACAAAUGAUGUAAAUAGUUGUAAUGUGAAGCAAAUGUAAAAGAAGAAUUCAGGAGCUUUUUAUGCUGCUUUGUUGCAGUUGCCUGGACAAGGUAAAAAGAGUUCAGGUUGCACAGUGACCAUCGAUGAUGGUGCCUAAAUAUUUUGGAAUUGUUCCCAUAUGUUGUUUCUUUCUUUCUUUAAUUCUUAUGUCAGUGUGUUUGGGGGAGUAUGUGCGUGCCCUGGACCAUUUCUCCUCUUGUCUGUGUGCUCUGCAGCAGCACUGCAGCAGUAGUGAGGUGUUGAGAGCUGUAGGCAGAUAAUAUUAAAUGCAAUUAUGGAAGAAUCAAACAUGUCCUGAAGGACUAAAGGACAGUGAAGUUUGUGGACAGGAUGCACACUUGGAGAUUUCUGUAUUGUCAUUAAAGACACAUUUACUGUUUAUUUGUGAACUUUAUCUUAUAAAUUUGAAUGGUAGAAAAAUAUAAUGAAUGAAAACUGACAAAGUACCUUUGUAAAGUGAAAGGUAUUCACUGAAGUAUAUGUAUGUAUGCUUAGAGUAAUAUAAUUUUUUAUAAGCUAAAGAUGUACCGUCCUUUGAAAACUUUUUUCCAUGCUCACCAAUAUGUAUUUCAUAUUUUGUUAUACAUUUUUAAGUUUGUUAAAAUCCUAUAGAGUGCAUCUACCCUUUAGUGGCUGCAUGGUCUACUUUCUGCAGCUGUUUACUUGAAAACCUGAAGCUCAACAGAAGCUUCCCUCAUUUCUGCUGCUUAGAGAGGAAGUACAACUAUUUAAAUCCAGGAAAGAUGUAUGUGAGGGAGCCGGUGCGCCGUCAUUGUUGUUUGUCAGAACCCCUGCUGGAAUGUGGAUCUGCCAGGAUGACAGGCAGUCUCCUACAUACCUGAGCAGACCCCUCUGAGUUCUAUCACCCCCACCUCCUACCUCUGACUGUCCCUCAUCCCCCACCCACGACAAGGACCUUGGGAUUCCAGCUGUAACCCAGGCGCUUCCUCCUCUCCUUUCAGCCUUUUUUAGUUCAAGGUCAGAGUCAUGGACCAGCCUUGGCCCCAAGCCAGGGUGGUCUCUAUAUGGGUUGUACUGUUUCAAUGAAAUAGGAAAUUGAGAUAUCUUUUAGAUGCAUAAACCAAUUUUUGUUCAUACACAAACAUGAUAAUCAGUUGAAUGAUGGUAGAGUUUGUAAGUUGGACUGAUCACCCAGUGCGAGUCAUCAGAAGCUUCUGAAGAACAAGAGCUUAUAGGUUAUAGCUCCUCAAUCUGCAAUAUAUUUUUGAAAUAAUCCAACUUCCCUCACCUUGUGUCUUUGAAAUGUAGCUCCACAACAUGCUGUCCUCUGUCCUUUUCAAGUAUUUGUGUUGAGAUAUUUCUUGGGAGGGAACAUCUGCAGAGAUAACGCAGCGUGUUCAGAGCAGGCAGGGAGCAGAGUCAUGCUGAGCUUUGAUUCUGCUGCUGCACUCAAAUGUGCAAGAUGGCAACCCUGCCAUGUCUCAGGAUCCACCUGACUUUGACCAUGUACUGACACAGCACAGUAUCUCUUGCUGCUCACACUGAUUUACAACAGUAUUCUUCUCACAGAUAAACCUCUUAUACUUUUUAGUUUGCUCUGAGGACAUUGUAGAUGUGAACUGCUUCAUCCUAUCAUGCCUACCAUAAUGCAGUGCAGCAGAGCACAUUUAGUGGGAGCUUACAUAGAAGUUUCAAAAGACAAAAAUACUUGUUGCUGUUGUAGUUGACACUGCAUGCAGUACCUGUACUGUAAAUCUCAUAUUUGAUUAAAAAAAAAUAACAGCAACAAUUUAAUAGUCAUUUUGAGUAAAAUAUCAAACAAAAUGUAAUCCAUGUUUUAAGUUGAGGAAAGAGUGGAAGUGAUUUUUGUGCAUGCACAGCAAUAAGCACUUUGCUUGCCCACCUCCCAAUCAUGAUGUCAGACGUCAGUUGUAGCACCUUAUAAUGACAUCUUGAUGAUAAACCAGUUCUCUGUCUUGUCAUUAGUCGUGAAAUCAAGCUGGAUCCCUAAAAGGUUCAUAUCUAAAGUAAAAAGCUCACAUUUCAGCUUUGACCAAAAAGUUUUAUCUAUCUCUUUUUUUCUUUCCACAGCUUAUAAUAGAUCAAAAUUAACUUAAUUCAAGGUGAGGAAUAUCUUUUUUUUUUUUUUUUUUUUUAAUAAUGUGUAAAGUACUAUUAGCAUGUCUUAGCCCCAAGCUUGAUCAGGGGUGUGUGCUUCAUGUUUGAUUGUGUCAACAGAACUUUUUUUAAACUCCUGCUCAAAAGGGAGUAAGCCUCCACUCAAUUCCUCUGAUCUCUGUUCUCAUAUACCUCACCUUCUGCCUUAGUUUUGGUUUGCUGAUGACUGUAAAUUAAGAAGACACAAACUUCAGUUAUUUGUUUCUGAAAAGAGACAAUGCGAAGUAAGAAUAUUAAAAAUGUUUUCCUUUUAUUUUUGUACGUAUGUGCUGUGCACAGCAGUCUACUGUAUUCCUUAGAUACCAAUUAAAGUUUGUUUUUGUAAGUGGUUGCCAUUGAAGUGUCGUUCUCUCUGUUGCUUUUAAAUCUGACACUGAAUUUUGCUUGAUUUUAGUGUGUAAGGCUGUAUUUAAUUAUUUUAUUUUAUUGUCUCAAAAUAGUAAAUUACAAAAAGGUAUUUUGAUAUCUCGCACUUAAAAUCAGGGAUGGGUUUUGCGGGCUAAUUUUUUUAACAUUACGGUUAUCUAAGAGGAGACAAAAUGUGAAGGUAAUUUACUCAACGCACCAUGUAAACGACUGAAGUGAGGGAGUGGCUCCCUCUGCUGGAGAAAUAGUUGAACUGUAUUUGGGCAGGUGCGUAAAAGCGGACAAUGUCCAAUUUACUUAGGUAGGCAAAACCAAAGAAUUUAAUAAGAUACUAUUAUUUAUUUAAAUACAGUAUAUUCUAUUCCUGCCGUGAUAAAGAAAUAAUUGUAUGUGACCUCAGCUGCGUGUGUUUUAUUGCUCAUUCAUUAUGCUUCCGGUCCCAACAAAACUUUGACCAGUGGCGUUUGUACCAUGAAGACCCAGUAUAAACAAAUGUUUAAGGUGGAUGAGUCAGGACCAAAAAUAAGACUCCUGUUGUGU